CAAACAUCAUACACCAAAUAUUAAAAAUGGAGAAAACCCCAAUGAAGAUUGCUUUCAUUGCCUUCUUAGCUAUUACAUUCGUGAUGUGUAGUAUUGUAAAUGUUGAGGCAAAACGUGUGUUAUCUGAAGAAACUCCUCAAGUUGAUGCAUUACACCAUAAUGAAGCUCUGCAACAAGUUGAGAAACGACAAGUUCUUCAGCCUCUUGGGUGCAACAAAGGGUGUGAACUGAUAUGUGUUCCUAGUCCAAUUGUUCCUUUAUGUCGUUGUAUUUGCUAAUAAUUUUGUAUUAUCCUCUCGUUUAAUCGAAUAAA